AUGCCUUCCACUAAGAAGAGUUUACAUUUCCUGUCCAGUGCACUGCUUACUGCCAUCUCUAUUGGGGUGAUGGGGUACUGCAUGUCAACACAGUGGGCUGAGACGACCAUGGACUGCACAAAAAGUGGAGAUAACUUCUCCAAUGGAACUGCUGUGAUCACUUGGGAGCUUUUUAUUGGAGAUUUGAACAGAUUCUAUUGCCCCUUGUUUGGAGCUCAAGAAUCUUUCCAAGUGAUCCCUACAUUGGUAAAAAUAGGACAAAUUACCCCUGUGGUCCUGCACGCUUUGGUUUUGUGCCUGUUGGCCUUGUGUCUGCUGUGUUCCGCCUGCAGCAUCCUUAUCUCCCUCUACAACAGUGUCAGCAACCCUUAUGAGACCUACAUGGGGCCUGUUGGCUUCUACGUCUGCAGCUCGCUCAGCGCAUGUCUGUCCGUCGUGGUCCUCAUAAUAUUUGUGGUGAACGUCACUGUGACGAGCAUGGCAGAGGAUUUGGUAAAGAGCUCGUCGGAAAAUAUUCCAGCAGAGCUGAGGAACAAGUCUUCACAGAUGAAGCUGGGAUACUACCUGGUCAUCCUUUACUCCGUGCUCUCGAUCUUCGCCAUUGUUGUGAUCUACCAGUACGAGCACGCAGCCUACACACAGAAGAGAGAACAGCAGAGGCCUACAGAAGACGCACCCAAGGAGAUCAUGAUGUAUUAG